UGGGGCUCCUGCCCCCGGCACCACCCCAGACCCGUCCCCUCGCGCCAACUGAGUCACAAGUGACUCAUUUCAAACUGGGAUGCGAGCGCAGCGUGUGAGUUUGCAGAUUGGCUGGUGAGGAACAGCUCUGCGAUGUAGGUGGCUGCGUUACACACUCCAGCAGUGGAGCUCUGCUCCGCGCUCCCUCCUCCCUCGCCCUCCGAGCAGGAUAGCUGCUGGAGCCCAGGAUCUGGUUCUUGCAGGCACAGGGAGGCAUCUCAGCCAGCUCCAGUGGAUGUGGGGUGUGGAUGGCUCCAGCUCCGCUCCUGACGGAGUUCUGCACUGAAGAUGGAUGACUUGGCUCUCCUUGACCUGUUGGAGUGUCCUGUGUGCUUCGAAAAGCUCGACGCCACGGCAAAGGUGCUGCCGUGCCAGCACACUUUCUGCAAGCCCUGUCUGCAAAGGAUCCUGAAAUCCCAGAAGGAGCUACGGUGCCCUGAGUGCAGGACCCUCGUCCUGUGCAGCAUCGAGCAGCUCCCCUCCAACCUGCUCCUCAUUCGCCUCCUGGAUGGAGUCAGGUGUGGACAAACCGUCACCAGGUUUGGCUCGAUCCAGAGGUCAGGGGUCCUGUCCUCCCCCGCCUCCAUCAGGAGAAUCCCCAGGGGGCUGCAGCUGCAUCAGCACCGCCUGGCAACGAAUCCCAGGAUCCACAUGGAAGGGGUGCCACGAGCCAGGGCCCUGUACACCUACCGUGGGCACAACCCCGGGGAGCUGCGGUUCAACAAGGGGGACAUCAUUGUGCUGCUCCGGCAGCUGGACGAGAACUGGUACCUGGGGGAGGUCAACGGGAUCAGUGGUGUUUUCCCAGCCAGCUCUGUGCAAGUCAUCAAGCACCUGCCCCUGCCCCAGCCCCUUGGCAGGGCCCUCUACAACCUCGACCUGCGGAGCCGGGACAAGGCGGAAAACAAGGACAGCCUGACCUUCCAUAAGCCAAACACCACCGCCCGGCAGCUCCUGCAGACCUCCAAAACCCACUGGUCCCCUCAGUUUAAAAGUGCGUCCCUGCGAACGGCAUCUCCCAAGGCGAAGGGCACGGAUUCACCAGCUUUCCCCAAGGUGCCCGACUCCAGGAGGAAGAGCCUGCGGCAGUUCUCCAUCACCACAGCCCUCAACACCCUCAACCGGAUGGUCCACGCGCCUGCCGAGCGCCCAGCCCUGGAGAUCAGCUCCCCUGUGCUCAUCAGCUCCAGCAACCCCACUGUGGCCACCCAGAGCAACGAGAAAGCCGAGUUCCCCUACAGCACCCCUGUCCAGGUCAGCACCUCUUACUACCCCGCACCAGGACCUCUGGGGCCCUCAGCAGCCAUCGUCACCCUUCCCCACCUGCAGCACCACGUGCCGGCUUACCUGUGUGUGGCUCUCCACUCCUAUGUGCCUCAUGGACCAGAUGAGCUGGAGCUGCAGAAGGGAGAAGGGGUCCGUGUCUUUGGGAAGGACCAUGACGGCUGGUUAAGAGGAAUGUCUCUCGUCACGGGCAGAGUCGGCGUCUUCCCCAGCAACUAUGUGGCUCCCCUCUUCAGGAAGUCGAGUCUCACUGACUCAAAAAUGCCUUCCCUGUACACUUCAUGGACACUGUCGACCUCCUCGCUCUCCUCCCAAGGGAGCAUCUCUGAAAAUGGCCCGAGGCAAAGCAGAGUCCUGAAGCCGGUGCUGCUGCCCAUCCCUAUCCCCUCUCCGGGGAGGAGCACGGUGGGACCGGCACCGCUGCGGCGCGGCCGCGGCAGCGCCAGGAAGAAUGGAUCCCUGCAGAGGCCGGGGCAGGCAGGGACCCCCGUGCAGAUCACGGGCUCCCUCAGGCGUCCUUCCGCGGCUGCGGGGCGACCUCAGCAGUUCCAGAUUUACCCACACAUCAGCUCCCCGUCACACAGCGUCCCUCCCGGAGCCGGCAUGGACGAGGCAACGAGGCCAAACUUCUCCCACGAGGCUUCACCGGCGCUUGUGGUCAGGGGAGGGGAGAGUCGAACCCCCUCCGUGUGCAGCUCAGUGAUCCUGGAUGCCAAAGACCCUCCAGUGAAGAGUGAGGCAGCUCCAAAGCCGCCUGCGUCAGCCCCGCCGUCCAUCCUGGUGAAACCAGAGACCUGCCGCAACAGCGCCGAGAAGCAAGUGAAGACGGUGCGGUUCCAGAACCACAGCCCUCCGCCGCCCAAGCGGCACAGCCUGCAGCCCUCGCCGCGCCUGCAGCGCGCCAGGACGGAGCCCGAGGUGCUGCUGCCCGAAGCCGGCCUGGGCCCCGAGCUGCUGGUGCUCUACUCGCCCCGGCUCGGCUCCAGCCCCCUGCACCCGCGCCGGGCGCUGCACCCCAAGGCGCUGUCGCUGGACCUGUCGGGGCAGCUGACCUUCCCCGUCAAGAAGAGCUACAGCAGCAUCUCUGCAAACUGACCGGGUAACCCCCGCCUGCCUCCUCCCCGCACCUGCUCCUCUCCCUCCCGCGCAGGACCCCGGACCCCGCACAGCCUCCACUGCUCCCCGUCUGCGCGAGGGGACGGUGCUCCCGUGUCCCCGCACCACCGGCACCCUCGGGACCCGAGAACCUGAGGCCUCCAGAGCUGUGGGAGCCCCCGAGGGAGCCCCCCCUGCCCCAGGGAUGCCCAAGAACCGGGAGAUGGGGCUC